GGCCGGCGCCGCUUUAAGGAGGAGUGGUUCCACGCGCCGCUGCACAUGCUGGAGCCCGUGCCCGCCCAGCGGCAGUCCCGAAGCGCCGCCGGACCGUGCUGUCGAUCGCCGAGAAGGCCGACCUCAUCCGGCGGCUCCACAGCGGCGAGUCCCAGCGGCAGCUCGCCCUCGAGUACGGCAUCGGGACCUCCACCGUGUCCGACGUCAAGAAGCACGAGGUGGAGAUCCUCAAGUACGUGGAGACCAACGGGGACUUCGUGGCCAUGACGCGGCGGAAGCUGGAGUCGGGCGCCAAGGCCGACGUCGAGGAGGCGGUGUUCGAGUGGCUGCUGCAGGAGGUGCGGUGCGGGCCGCGAGCUGGCGGGCACGGAGGUGGGCGCGCGCGCGCGGGAGCACCAGCGCCUGCGAGGCAACGACGACUUCCGCGCGAGCACGGGCUGGCUGGAGCGCUUCAAGCGGCGCUACAACAUCCGCGCCUUCCGCCCGGGCGAGGAGGGCGGCUGGCGCCCCAUCGUGCAGCGCGCGGGGCGCGACGACGCGCGGGGCGCAGCGGGGGCAAGCGGCGCGGGCGGCCGCCCCCUCACGCGCCCGGCGGAGAAGGCGCGCGCGGCGGCCGAGCGGCUGUGCAAGGGGCGCGCGCUGGACCUCCUGGAGCGCGUGCUGGAGGGCGCGUCGUCGCCGCCGCCGCCGCGCGUCAAGACGGAGCCGGAGCCGCACGACGAGUACGACUACGGCGACAUGCACGACUGCGACGACGACCUGUCGCCCGAGACGCAGCACAGCCUGCAGCCGCUGGUGAGCCUGGAGGAGGGCCACGUCGCCCUGGACAUCCCGCCCGUGGAGGAGAUCCCUUCGGCGGGCGAGGCGGCCGCGCUGCUCGCCAAGGCGCUGGUGUGGGCGGCCGCGCAGCCCGACACCACGCCGCAGGAGCUCUACGUCAUGAAGCAGCUGCAGACGAAGGCCGCCCUCAGCUGCCACGCGAGGGCGUCGCACUGACUGCCGUCGUCGCGGCCUCCCGCAGUCGAGUCACGCCGAGGGCCCGCGAGGCGCCCGAGGGCCCCGCGGGCUGCCUCGCGCCCCUCGCACGCCAAACCAUAAGUAUUACGUAACCAGUGUCAUCCCAGACGCCUCGGCCGCCCACCCCCCCCGGUGGCCGGUCGGGCGAACACUCACACAGGGUAAGUUUUCCGGCCGCAAGCAGUCUGCAAGAGAUCUGUAAGGUA